CAGAAACUUCCAUCUUUUCACUCAAAGCUCCUCCGCGGCUCUACCUUUCUAAAGAAAAAGUAUAUUCGGACCUUCAUGACAUAAUACCAAGUUGAAGAAAAAUUCAAUUGAUAACAAACCCGUGUUGGGAGAUCCGAGAUCAUAACACUUCAACCAAUCUCUCUUCCUGCUUGCCACUAAAUUCAGCUCCCAAUUUCUAUCUUUCCGUUAAAAAUUCGAUCUUUUGCCAUCCCUAUUUUGAUUUUUUUGGGGAGAAAGUUCACUGUUUCGUUGCUUUGUAAACCGCAAAUCCUAGGUUCAUUGGUUUGCUCAUUAUCAACGAACCCUAGGAAAGUCCCAUGGGUGAAGCGUAGGGCGUUUUUUGGAUUAUCACAACCAUCCAGAUCGCCCUCGUCUGUUGUUACGCUUAGUAAUGGCGGCGCCGAGGAGUUUGGCUGUGGAUACUGGGCGCUUAGCAAGAGAUGAGGAAAAGAUCCUCGAUUUGUCCGACACCUAUGCCGGGGAUUCUCCUUCGGCCAAACGAUUCAAGGAGGGAAAGUUUCCUCUCAGCCGCUGGGAGUUCGCGGCGGCUCUUGCCGUGUUCACAGUGUGCUUGACCGGGCUGUUCUGCAUCUACUUGACAAUGCCCGCUGCUGAUUACGGGAAGCUCAAGCUUCCUCGUAACAUUUCGGAUCUGCGGAUGCUCAAGGACCACCUAGCUACAUAUGCCAAUAUGUACCCAGCACGAUUCAUUUUGGGUUACUGCUCAACAUACGUAUUCAUGCAGACCUUCAUGAUUCCUGGGACUAUUUUUAUGUCCUUGCUAGCUGGAGCACUUUUUGGUGUUCUUAGGGGUCUUUUCUUGGUUGUCUUCAAUGCCACAGCUGGUGCAUCAUCCUGCUACUUUCUUUCUAAGUUACUUGGAAGGCCUAUAGUUACAUCACUAUGGCCUGAUAAAUUGAGAUUUUUCCAAUCCGAGAUAGCCAAACGCAAGGAUAAGUUACUCAACUACAUGCUGUUUUUGAGGGUAACUCCAACCCUGCCGAACCUUUUUAUCAAUUUGGCGUCUCCUAUAGUGGAUAUACCAUUCCAUAUUUUCUUUCUGGCCACAGUGAUUGGUCUUAUUCCUGCCUCAUUUAUUACUGUCAGGGCUGGCCUUGCUCUUGGGGAUUUAAGAUCAGUCAAAGAUCUAUAUGAUUUCAAAACAUUGAUGGUUCUUUUCCUAAUUGGUUCUGUCAUUAUAUUACCAACUCUACUAAAGAGGAAGCGGACAUAUGAAUAAAGCUUACGAGUGAGUGCAGAGUGCCAUAAAGAUCUCUCCAUGGCAAAGGGAAUUUCCUUGGUGCUUAUUUCUACCGUUUGGAUUAACAAUGAGAGCAACUCGUGGAGGCUGACAUUUAUUUGUGGGAUAGGCUAGAAAUGUAACUGUUGACAAAACAGGAAGUAUAGUUCUAAUGGUUCAGAAAGAUUAGCUGAGAUAUGAAGAAAAAUAUACUGCUCACCUUGUAUUCAUCUACUUCAGUCAUAAGAACCUGCAACACGUAAACUGUGAACCGGAAGUUGAUUGUAACAUUGCAUUGGGCAGCAGGCCAGAUAUGAGAUGGUUCCGAGCAGGUGGCCAUAUGUUAUAUAGCUAUUUUUCAAUGUAAACGAGGAGACUGCAAUCCAUUCCUCAUUAGUAUUUGCAGUUAGGAAAAGCCAUUUAAAAUUGGCUUGUAAUAAUAAUAACAAUAAUGUAUGUAUCUUGGAUUGUUGGUACUUGAUAUAUAUUGGAAUCUAAUUGACUGGCAUUUGUCUAAUUGC